AUGGACAUCAGUGAUCUUCUUGUCCGCCAUGAGAAGCUCGUACACCUCAAUGAGGGCAGCAAGGAGAACAACCGCCCAAGGAAGACGUCGUCCAGCACCCACAACCCGCCAUCUUCAUCUGACAGUCAUGUCGAGCACGAGAUGCUGGGUGUCCAGCGCCCCUCCCAGCCGCAGUACCACCAGGAGUCGAUAACGGCCGUGGCCUCCACCUUGGCCCCCGAUCCUCGCAUGCCAGGUCCGGCUCGCGCCGCUGCCUGCAACCUUGACCUGCUCUCUGAUGCGGCUCUGGCCAGCGAAGUCAAUCCUAUGCAGCAACCUAUGAUGACGGACAUGGGACGUCCGCCUUCGGAUCAUGCGAGGAUCAAGUCUUAUGACGAGUCCAUGGGGUAUCCUGAGCGUCCACGAGAGGACCAGAACAUGUUGGCGCCCGGGUACGCUCCCCAGCCCCAGGCCGCGCCUUACGACGACUACCACAUCUUCCUCGACGACUUUGCGCCUUCGCACUACCUUCCGCCCCCUUUCGAGUCUGAUCAGCAGAUGGGCGGCCUUUGGCCACGGUCCGGCGACAUGCAUCAUCGUGGACUGUCCAAGCCAUCAUCGCAGUUUCCUUCGCGGUUUCCUUCGGUCCAGCCCGAUGGACGGGAGGGCAUGGAGGGCGGCCCACGGAGCCACGAGGAGUCGAUGAGAGCGCCACUUCGAAUAUCGGCUGUCGACCAUACUGUGAUCAAGAAUAGGCUCGAGGAGUUCUCGUCCGUCAUCCCUAACGAUUUCGUUUUCCCGUCUCGCCAUACCCUCACUCGCUUCCUGGAGGGUUACAUCAGCGGGUUUCACGAGUAUCUCCCCUUCCUUCACAUCCCUACUCUGACACCCGCGGAAAUGGCACCCGAGCUCCUCCUCGCUAUUCUGGCCGUUGGUGCGCAGUACCGAUUUGAAAGCCAUCGAGGCCACGCCUUAUGGUAUGCUGCAAAGGCUGUUGCGCUUGAGCAGAUUCGACGGCGGCAUAGCCAUGAGGUGCAUGCUCUUCUUCCAACGCCAGCUGCGUACAGCCCGCACUCGACGCGACCCUCCCCCAGCUCUGGUUUCCGCCACACAUUUGCAUCGGCACAGCAAGACCGCCCGAUGACACAAGACACUCACCGAGAGCCUUUCUCGCCGAACACACCUCAAGCCCGACUUGAGACGACCCAAGCUGUCCUUCUGCUCUUUGCAGUAGGCCUCUGGGGAGCCAAGGCAAUCUUGCAUGAGGCCCUGUCCCUCCAAAGUCAUCUCGCUAUGCUAGUCCGCGAAGAGGGUCUGGUCGCCGAAUCCAGCCCCGCCGUCGCGCCGGAUUGGGAGACUUGGAUUCGCCUCGAAGGUGCUACGCGAACAAAACUCAUAGCAUACUGCUUCUUCAACCUCUGCAGCAUUGCAUACAACAUGCCGCCCCUUAUCCUCACAUCAGAACUUGGCCUCUUCUUGCCCUAUCCAUCCCGUUUGUGGAGGGCCGAAUCGGCCUGGCAGUGGCAGGAAGAUCGACAGAACUACCCGUCCGCCGAGAUCACUGUCCACGACGCCUUCUCCAGGGUCUUGACGACGUCGCCCCAGGGUUUACCUCCGCACAUGUCAUCCCUCGGGAACUACGUCCUGAUUCACGCUUUGCUGCAGCACAUUUACCUACUGAAGCAGACUUCCUUCGCAUUGAGUUCACCGUUCGGACCCCAGAGAGGCCUGAAACCGGAGGACGUUGAAGAGGUCACCGCGGCGCUACGGAUAUGGCAGGUCAGUUUCGAACAUCGGCACCAGUUGCGUGCGGCCGACGCAGGGCACGUGGGCAACAGCGACUCGUUCCCGGGUGGCCCGGUGGCGUUCAACUCGACGGCUCUCCUACGUUUGGCGUACAUUCGCUUGUACACGGAGAUCCCGCCCAGCAGAGCCCUCGAAACCCGGGAUCAUAUGCUCGUUGCUUCGUCUCUGAGCAAUAUGCCCCCUCUGGUUCGUACGUUGAGGCUGCACAGAGCCGUAUUCCAAGCGAUCCAUGCCCUAUCGAUGUUGGUAAAGGCCGGGGUCAACUACGUUGCGAGGACCAAGAGCCUAGAAUGGAGCAUCCAGCACUCCUUGUGUAACUUCGAGUGCGCCAUCCUUUUGUCCAAGUGGCUCCUCACCCUCGCGUCGAUCGGACCGAAUGACCCCCCUGCGACACCCGAAGAGAAGAAUCUCCUGCAGUCGGUCAGGAGAAUGCUCGACGAGACAGAGUUUGCUGUGCCCAUCGAUCCAUCGCUAGGCGGGCCCGCGGCCGGCCAGCCUGCCAGCAGCGAAGUGUCUGCCAACGACAGCACGCGGCUUAGGCAGCUGGCCGCAGCGGUCAUUAGACUCUGGGCGGAGACUUUCAAGGGUUCGCACAUUUUCGAAUUGGUCAGGGUCAUGGGCUCGAGUUUGGACGGGUAUGCCGAUUUGGUUGAGAAACCCCGAGACAGGACGCCCCUAGGCCGCAUCGCCCAUGAUCCCAACCUCGGGUGA